AUGCCGUCAUCACGAAAGCGCAGGCGUGAAAACAAGUCCCCCGAAGCGACAAGAAGAAGCAAAAGAUUAUUGAAAGAGCCGCCAGUCUUUAUGGACAGUACAAAGAGAACUUGCAAACACGACGCAAAACCAGUCAGUCGUGUUUCUGUUUCUCGUCCUUCCAAGCACGACGUCAAAGGGUACCAACCUCAAACCCGUUUCAGAGAGAAUCAGAAGAAAAUAUAUGCUCCAGUUUACAAAGACUUAGACUUCCCGAAACAAGUGGAACUGGAGUCUUCCACGGCCCGGGCAGUCGAUUCUCGUCCUUCCAACCUUGACGCUGAAGGACAGCAGCCCCAAUCCCAGGCCCAACACGGACAGCCUCAAAAGGAAAUAUCCGUUUCAGUGUGCAAAUACCCAGACCUCUCAAAGCUACUGAGCGGGUUCGGAUCUCCCUCAACCUCAGAAGAGAAGCCAAAAACAGAGGACAAUCAACGACCUGGACCGCCAACACGAAAAGUCGCAACUCCUACAUUCAAGAAAGCACCCGGCGAAUCAGAGACACCCUACAACAGCCUAUGGGGAAAUAAAGAGAACUACAAGCGAGUCGACAUAGAGCAAUAUUUAAAGAAAUGCGCGGAUUCAAGUCCUCAUCCUCGUUCCUCUUACGCGGGAUUUGUGUGGAGGUAA